AUGCAGACCGGCGCCUCUAUCUACGCCCUUGCCAGUACUGCAUCAGAGUAUCAGGCCCCGGCACUCCGCGCCGCCAUUUACAAGCAUCUUGCCUUGGAGACCUUCAUCGAGACAAAAAUUUCCACGAUAGGGCUUCCUGCAUUUGAAUUAGCUUUCCACGUCCCGUACUUCGCGUUGCGAGCUUCGAAGGAAGUUCAUGAAGACCCACGUCGAGACGUGAGCGGAAAUCGCUUGCGAGAUUCACACAAUGUCUCAUUCCUUACCUGUACAAUUGAUCAACCGGUCGCCCAUCUCCACGAGGCACAAGUCUCCUUUGUUGUCACAGGAUGCGACGAACGGCGAUGGGUUGCCUACUGCUUUGUGGACACAUAUUUUGACACUCGAGAAAACGGGAAAGAAGACGUCUUAUCUUAUUACGAUGACAGUCAAGGCGAAGAAGGAAUGAAUGCAGAUCCUAUCACAUGGGGCGUGCACAACGCAGACGAUCCCAUUGAGAAUCCGAGAGAAUAUUAUCUCGAGGUAAUCCGAAUUCGGAUGCACCAGAUCUGUCAAGAAUGGGCCCAAAUUGUUAGCAAGGUGCAAGAGAGUUUCCGUGCAUAUGAGCCCGAACAGGUACGGUCCCCUUUCCUUCAUAUAAUCUCACAAAUUUGCGACGGUUCGAGGCACUCCUAA